UCCACAUCCCCAGCCCCUGAUCAGCCGCAACUACAAGGGCGACGUGGCCAUGAGCGAGAUUGAACACUUCAUGCCGCUGCUUAUGCAGCGGGAGGAGGAGGGUGCCCUGGCCCCAUUGCUGAGCCGUGGCCGGGUCCACUUCCUGUGGAUCAAGCACAGCAACCUCUACUUGGUGGCCACCACGCUGAAGAACGCCAACGCCUCCCUGGUGUAUGCCUUCCUCUACAAGACGGUGGAGGUAUUCUCUGAAUACUUCAAGGAACUGGAGGAGGAGAGCAUCCGAGACAACUUUGUCAUCAUCUACGAACUGCUGGAUGAGCUCAUGGACUUUGGCUUCCCACAGACCACCGACAGCAAGAUCCUGCAGGAGUACAUCACCCAGCAGGGCAACAAGCUGGAGACGGGCAAGUCUCGAGUGCCACCUACUGUCACCAAUGCGGUGUCCUGGCGCUCUGAGGGCAUCAAGUACAAGAAGAAUGAGGUUUUCAUUGAUGUCAUAGAGUCUGUCAACCUGCUGGUCAACGCCAAUGGUAGCGUCCUGCUGAGUGAGAUUGUGGGCACCAUCAAACUCAAGGUGUUUCUGUCAGGAAUGCCAGAGCUGCGGCUUGGCCUCAAUGACCGCGUGCUCUUUGAACUCACUGGCCGCGGCAAGAACAAGUCUGUGGAGCUGGAGGACGUCAAGUUCCAUCAGUGUGUGCGGCUCUCGCGCUUCGACAAUGACCGCACCAUCUCCUUCAUCCCUCCUGAUGGUGACUUUGAGCUCAUGUCCUACCGCCUCAGCACCCAGGUCAAGCCGCUGAUUUGGAUUGAGUCCGUCAUUGAGAAAUUCUCCCACAGCCGCGUGGAGAUCAUGGUCAAGGCCAAGGGGCAGUUUAAGAAGCAGUCAGUGGCCAACGGUGUGGAGAUCUCUGUGCCUGUCCCCAGCGAUGCUGACUCCCCACGCUUCAAGACCAGCGUGGGCAGCGCCAAGUACAUGCCAGAGAAGAACGUUGUCAUUUGGAAUAUUAAGUCCUUUCCGGGGGGCAAGGAGUACCUGAUGCGUGCCCACUUUGGCCUCCCCAGCGUGGAGAAGGAGGAAGUGGAGGGCCGACCCCCCAUUGGGGUCAAGUUUGAGAUCCCCUAUUUCACCGUUUCUGGGAUCCAGGUCCGAUAUAUGAAGAUCAUUGAGAAAAGUGGUUACCAGGCCCUGCCCUGGGUUCGCUACAUCACCCAGAGUGGAGAUUAUCAACUUCGUACCAGCUAGAAGCCAGAAGAGUCGGGGGCUUGGACAUGGGAGAGUGUGGGACCUCUGUCUCCCCAGGAGCCGGCCGCAGAUCCUGGGGGGAUGAGGGCAGGCCCCUGGCCUGCCAGUGUCUUUCUCCCAGCUCCCAGCAUCAGGCCCCCUGCUCACCUUUUUCUCUACCCACAGGCUGGGAAGGAUGAUCUCCCUGCCUCCCUCUCCCUUGGGACUUCCCUCUGAUUUUAUAUGAAGAAAUAGGGGAGGGGCUUCAAGCCCCCUCACGAGUGCCUUCUUGCAGUGACCUGCCUUAGCGGAUGUCAGGGCCCCUCCUCCAACACAGCUGCUGAGCCCAGAGGCCCCGCUGCCCAUUCCACUGAGUUUUAGGAUGUUAUUAAAAAGAUGAGUCUAGCCACUGUGUAUGUGCUUCCUUGGCUGUGUGUGUGCGUCCCUGGGGUGCUGGAUGAGAGUGGGCAGCUCUUGUACCUCCUCAGUGCCCAUCAUUGCUCACCUGGGCCAUGGCGGUCGGCUGGACCCUGGUCCCCUAGACCCUGGUCCCCUAUUCCCGUCUUUGCUUGGCCCCAGUCUAUUCUCCCCCUUCCAGCCACCAGAGGGCGCGUGUUAACGCCUAAGUCGGCUCCUGCCUCUGCUCAGAACCCUCCCAAGGUUCCCAUCUUGUUAACAGUAAAAGCCAAGUCCUCACUGCAGCCCUCAAGUCUUGGUCAGCCCCUCUUCUCCUCUGUCCCCUUGUUCUUUUUUUCCCCCCUUCUUCUGUUUUUAACUUAAAAAAAAUUUAUUUUUGUUGUUGUGUUGAGAAUACAUACAGCAAAAUAUACACAAAUUUGACAGUUUGCGACCUGAUAGAAAUAAAGAGAUUUAUGACAGAAUAUUAUGAACAACUGUAUGGCAACAAACUGGAUAGCCUAGAUGGGGUGGAUUACCCAAUACGCAAGGUAAGCGCACUCUUACUUGUGCGUACUUACUAAUGUGUAGUGAACAAUCCACCACAUUUUUGAUAAUCCAUCCCUGUCAGGGAUUGUAAAUUUAAAAAGAGGCUUUGAAUUUAUAGGAACAUACUGUGGGGUUGUGAGAGAGACAGGUGCCAGCCAUACCUAGAAGCAGAAUCUUUGAUAAGUUGAAAAAAUGUGAAA